AUGGGUGACGAAGACAACAAAGCCAACACGCGCCGCUUGAAGGUAACGGCAGGCCCAGACUACGACCUCAAGACUCAUCAAGUGGUACCUGUAAAUGGCAAAACAAUCCGAAUCGAAAAUGAGCACGCUAUCAUAAGUCUCUGCGUGCGGAUCCAAGACUAUACAGCAGAGUUCAUUAUUCAAACAGGCUAUCCCGAAAACUCACCAACCACGAGCCCAUAUUUCGACCAUCCUCUGCACAAUAAAGACCUGUACUCCAUAUGUUUCUCAAUAAUAUUCAAAGAACCGGUCAAUGGCAACAACCUUUUCUUUGGAAAUGACUUUGAUCACCCAAUCCGCGACCUCCUACCCCCGGGCUUCAAUGCAGCGCUGCGGAUGGUCAAAUGGACCAUGGAUCCAGGCCUAGAUGGUGAUGUCUACGCCGAUAAGCCCUACCUAUAUAGCCCAGCAUUAGCUUCAUGGGACCUCUUCCGCAUCGGGGAUAAAGAGCAGAAAUCCGACGAGGUGCCAAAGCUCCAUGAUGAGGUGGUUGAAGAGGGUGCUUAUAGCGAAGAGGCUGCUGAGACGCGUCGGAAAUUCAAUAUCCCCGACACGGUUGAAGGACGCAGGAAGCAUUUUCAGAAUGAGGCGAAUCGAAAAGAGUUCGAGUUUGAACCUGGGAGGAUGUAUGUUGCUGAUUUUGGAAAUCCAUAUCUGGCAUUCAACGAUUUCUCUGUCCGUCUUCCUGCGUUCACUUUACAUGUCAUGAAAUACGUGGAGGAGAAGAACCAUGAGCUGCGGUAUACGCUGAAGGACGUCUCCACUGGGCGAGUGUAUCUUGCUGUACUAUUCUCGGUGGUUAUACCAGAAACCGAGGACAUAAAAGGGAAUAGUAAGCAGGAGAGCAGUGAGAGUGACAGUUUAGGGAAGUCUGGGGGGAGUCGAAAUCAUCAGCUAGCGAUGUUGAGUGAUAGAUCACGAUUUGACAUGGAACAAGUUCCAGCCGGAGACAUGGCGCAAAUCUAG